UCGGCAAUGGCAGAGCCGCGGACUUGCUCCGGGAGGCAAAAGCGGGCGGCGAGCGGGCGGCGAGGCCAUGCGCUGCCGCCUGUGGCUGGGCCUGGCAUGGCUGCUGCUGGCACGGGCUCCCGGCGCUGCGAGGACCCCAGGAGGCCCCCGGAGACCACGCAGCUACCCGCACCUGGAGGGCGACGUGCGCUGGCGGCGCCUUUUCUCCUCCACCCAUUUCUUUCUGCGCGUCGACCCCAGCGGCCUCGUGCAAGGCACCCGCUGGUGCCACAGCCCUGACACAGGCAUCAUUGAGAUCCGCUCCAUCCGCGUGGGCGUCGUGGCCCUCAAGGCUGUGCACACCGGCUUCUUCGUGGCCAUGAGCCGCCGGGGCCACCUCUAUGGGUCGCGGAUCUACACUGCUCACUGUAGGUUCCAGGAGCGCAUUGAGGAGAACGGCUACAACACCUAUGCCUCACUUCGCUGGCGUCACCGAGGCCGGCCCAUGUUCCUGGCGCUGGACAGGCGGGGGGUCCCUCGACGCGGUGGCCGGACACGGCGGCACCACCUUUCCACUCAUUUCCUGCCCGUCAUGGUCUCCUGAGGCCCCGAGGGGCCAUGAGGCACAGCUAGACAAGAUCCAAAAGACAUCUGGGCAGGUGGCCAGGGACCAGAGGCCGGAGGAGGCCCAGGCUGUGGCCAAACCAUGUCUGGUCACUCAUUCCUUUCACAAGCAUUGAAUGCCUGCUGUCUGCAGGGCUCUGGGGACCCUGCAGGAACCCCAUACCCACCCUUGUCUGAAUCUGAGGCGGGGGAACACUGAGCUGAGUAGGGGCUGUAGGUGUUGAGUCAUGAGCUGGGGAGCGAGGAGUCCCCAUAAGGCGCCUCCUGGACUAGAGACUGAAGGUCACCAGGUCUUGGAAGAGUAUUCUGGGUCGGGAUACAGCCUAUCAGACUCAGCAGUGGGAACCCAUUGGAAUGUUGAGGUAGAGAGAAGGGAAGCUAGGGACCAGGGAGUCUGGAGGCCAGGGGGGAGAGGACAACAUGGACAUGCCAUGGGUGAUAGGUCCCGACCUGUGGACACGUUGCCUCACAUUGUAAAGGGACUUUGCAGGUAGGAUUAAGUCAAGGCCCAGAGAUGGGGAUGAUCCUGGAUUAUGGGAGGGAGCGGGGGAGCAUUAUCAUUACAAGGGUCCUCCUAAGAGGGAGGUCUGAGCAUCUGAGUCAGAGAUGGAAGAGGCUGUGCUGCUGGCUGUGAAGAUGGAGGGAGGGGCCAUGAGCCAGGGAUGUGGCACUUCUAGAAGCUAGAAAAGGCCAGAAAUGGUUCUUCCUGGAGCGUAAGGAAGGACCAGUCUUGCCCACACCUGUGGUUAGCCCCUGAGACUUAGGCAAGUCUCCUGAUCCCAGAAGUGUUAGAGAAUAAAUGCGUGUGGUCACAGCAGAUGUAGAAACGCACAUACAGGGUCUGAAAUUGAGUAAUGUCUUCAAAGCUUCUCAGUUCUUCAGGGGGAGAGGUGCCAUGUGCAGACCGAGGGGCUUCAUGUCAGUGUCCUCCAUAGGCUGGGGAUGGAGGGGAGUACAUGGGAAGUGCUGUGCCUGGGCGAGUGCCCACCUCUCCCCCAGAACCCCAGAAACCCCCCACCACAGGGCUGAGUUCUGGAGCCUUGGGCCAGGCAAUUCCAUUCUGGGCCUCAGUUUCUCUCCUAUAAAGUGAGAAGAAUGAUUGCCCAACUGGUGUGGCUCAGUGGUUGAGCGUCCACCUAUGAACCAGGAAGUUAGUUUGAUUCCAGGUCAGGGCACAUGACAGGGUUGCAGGCUCGAUCCCCAGUAGGGGGCAUGCAGGAGGCAGCCGAAUGAGGAUUCUCAUUA